ACGCUGACACCAAGCCGGCAAGCGAGCGCAUCAUUUGUACAGUUCCGCUCUCCUAAAUCGGUUGUGGAUACUUUCUCAAUGAACCAAGUCAUUCUGCAUCGUUUUGCUCUACUUUUCGCAAGCGGCAUCCUCCUGACGACACAGCGGCAACUGUCGCUCGUUAGCGGUCAGCAGAUUUCGAGCGAAUUUGUUUGGGGUCAACGAGCCAACCAGGACGUUCUCUGCUUUAUGGACUCCGUCAAUACAGCGCCACUGCCGCCGGUUCGGUUUUGGAUCCCGGUAACGAGACUGUUCUGGUUCAUGCCGAAUAAUGCGCAAACCAAGGUAAGCUACAUUCGAGUGUGGGCCGAUGCACCGCACCAGAGCUUCAAAGCUCAAUUACUAAUUGGUGGCGCUGGCACUGGGGCUCCGACCCCGACCGUUCUGCUUCUCAGCCGUCCGUGGAAGCUUUAUGCGAACGUGGUCAUCUAUUGUGAAUAAAUGGC